ACACACACACAGCUGUUGCUGUAUCCCUGUGUGGACCCUCCACUGACCUCCAUUCAUUUUAGUGACUUCACUAAACCUAACCCAUACCCUAACCUAAUCCUAAUCUAAAUCAAAACCUCUAGGACCCUGUUUGAGUGUAUUUUGUCUUUGUGCGGACCAGCCAGAUGUCCCCACAGUGUGGAAAUGUCCACACACUACAGGUUAAAAGUUAAAGUUGGUCCUCUUAAGCAGAUAUAGACAAGUACGCAUGUGCACGUUGUAUUAAACCAAUGUAAAGGUUCAAGCACAUCAGACAGAUUGGUCCUGAAAUCCAGAAACAGCUGAGGAGGAGGAGGAUUUCUCUGGCUGACGCACCGGUCUGCCUGCAGAGGACAGAACAGUGGGUGUGGCCAUUUGACUUGGUAUGCAGGUAAAGUCAGAAAGGCUGCUGAGGUCAGGUCUCAGUAGGAGCAGAGAGCGCUGUGUCUGUCAUGAUGAAGCUGUUGUUGUCACUGCUGGUUCUGGUACCGUUCUGCUACGGCGACUACGCAGAGUUCUGCCACCACCAGCCAUGCCCAGAGUACACGGUGGUGGAAACCAACCAGGACUUUGAGAAGCGUGAAAUUGUUGCUACAAAGUGGAUCACCACCACCAUGCCAGGAAACACAAGCGCAGAUUUUUUGGCUGCAAAUGAGCGGCUGAAGGGUUUCUGGAUGUCCCAGAAGCAAGCAGGUAAUGAGAUCCCUGACACCUGGCCUGUCCUGAUCACCAUCUCUGAAGGUUCGACCGGUUUGGUUCAGUCCUUGUCCUGGUUUCUCCCGCCUGGUCCGGAGCCUCAAAUCGCUGAUCCUUCUGUUUUUCUGCUACGCAAAAGUGCUGCCACCAUCUACACCAAGAGCUUUGGUGGUGUCCCUUCUGUCAGGGCUGCUGAGGAGAAUCAAAAUACUCUUAAGAAUUAUUUGACUACAAACGGAAUCGCCUUCAAUCCCCAAAUCACCUGUGUGAUGUUCUACGACAGUUAUUUUGCUUUUAGUCACCACAACGAGGUCUGGUUUCAUGCACCCUGAGAGAACAAACGUCUAAUUUCUCCUUCUAAGGUGAUGUUAUCUGACUUCCUUGUGCCAGUGUUGGUAAACUAAAGCCGCAUCACCAGACCGUCUGGAUUCUUGUAAAUGUAACCUGUUUGGCCACAUGGACGAGUUUCGUUUUAGGUUUUGCUUUUGCUUUUUGCUGAGUUACUUAAAGUUUCUGUUCAGUUUUAGCUGCUGUGACUCAACUUAUUUAACCCAAUUAUUCACCCUAAUCUGAAAAUAUAAGCUACACACGUGGAGGAAUGUAUUUCACUGUUUUUUUUUCUUUUGUUCCAAUGAAAAUAAACUUGACAUUUCUUCCGGAUGAAUUCCCAGAAGGGCUUUAAUCAGAUUAAAACAAAGUUCUGGUCUGACUGGA